AUGUCGGACGCUCUCGUCGCGCUCGUGCGGGUAAAGAAGCGGGACGGACGCCUCGAGCUCUCCCACAAGGGACUGCGCUGGACGGCCGAUGCCUCUCCUGACGCGCCGAGCGCUCACGCACCGAUCGUUGUGCCGUGGGGCACAGUCCAAGGCCAGCAAGUGUCGUCGCUCUCGAGCCCCAAAGCCAUGAUCCGCCUCCGGCUCGCACACAACUCGAUGCUCGUGUUGGAGUUCAUUGCCGCGUCGGGCGAUAUCAAAGACGCGUUCCACGUGCGGGAACGGGCCAAGGACGUGAUCGCGCACCGGCUGCGCUCGAACGGGGCGCGCUCGAAUGCCGCGGCGCUGUGCAGCCCAACCGAGAUCAAGCAACGGGCAGCGCUGCUUGCUGCGAACCCGACGCUAAAGAGACAGCACAUGGAGAUGGUGAAUGAUGGGCUGAUCUCGGAGGAGGACUUUUGGGCGAGUCGGCGUCACUUGAUUGCGGGCGAGGCCAGCAAACGGCAGAAAACGGGCAAGACAUCGGCUAUUUUGACCGACUUGGCGGCGGAAAACGACGCGAGCGGGAACGUUGUCAAGUACAACUUGAACGCCGAGGUCAUUCACCAGAUUUUCAUUCAGUAUCCGGCGGUGCACGUGGCGUACCAGGGACAAGUGCCGGACAAGAUGACGGAAACGGAAUUCUGGGGCGCGUUUUUCAAGUCCAAGUACUUUCAUCGGGACCGGAAAGCUGGACAUGAAGAUAUGUUUACCAAGUACGAAGAAAUGGAGAAGGAAGAGUCGAAGAAUGUGAGUGUCGACCCGCGUGGCAUGGUGGACCCUCUCGUGGAUCUCACGACGACAGAGGAAGAUGCAGCGGUGCAUCCUGCAAAACGACGGAUGUCCGAGAAGGAAAACGAGUCUAGUAUUACGAUUGCCAAGUUCAAUCGACAUGGUGCCUACGUGCUGGAUCCAGCGCACGCGGGGAAACUACAGCAGCAGCGGGCAGGAAGAAGCAAUGCACAGCAGCCGUUGCCGCAGAAAACAACGAAGCCCAAAGCAGGUUACCACGACAGUGUAGAGGAAGCAACGCUGCUGGACGACCUACGCGACCAAGCUCCUCCACCGUACAACCCGCUUACGUUGGAAGAUGAGUCGCGUUACUUUCAGCAUGCAGAGAAGGGUGCGGGUGGCGAUGCCAAUGCAGCGCGCCAGCUGCCUCUAUCCGAUGCAGCACAGGUGUUUCGAGCGACGUGCAAGGCGCCCAUCAAGCUCGAGAGCGCGUACUCGAGCUCGAAAACAUGCUUUGACGUGCUGGCCGAGGUCGUCGCGUGCUCGGACUCGACAAGCGUGUCAGCGUCAGCCUCGUCGGCGGCGAAUCUUGCCAGUGGUAAGUUGGCUGCUGAGUACAUUCCAAGCGAGUUCAAGAAGCAAGUGUACAACCAGUUUCACGACGUGUGCGAGCUCCUGCGUCACUUUCUGUCGUUCAAGGCAAAAGUGGCCGCAGGCAGUGGCCCCGAAGCGCAACGCAAGCUGAACAAGAUUGUCGAGAAGAUGGGCUCGAAGUACGACGAGCUCGUGAAGCUGCGCGAGUCGUUGCCGCCGCACGAGAAGAACCUGUUGGCGCCACUGCUCAAGCCCUUUGACGACCAGCUCAAUUUGGCAUUUAUUUAA